AGAAAGUGAUGGUAAGUUGAGUGAGUGUUAUCCGUGAUCAUGAAUAAGUUGUGGAUUUUUUUCUGGUGUACCUUGGUGCUCCUGUUUGAUGGGACAUGGCAAAUGGGGUUGAGAUUGUCGAGAAGGAAGGAAGCUUGCUGCUAUUUUGCAUUGAAUGGGCACUAUCCCCAGCAUAUUCCAUUCUAUACGCCUGAAGAAUUGAACUUCCACCGGAUCUGGAAGCUCACAGACAAAGCCAUUCAACAUACAUGCUUCCCUCUUCUGCGCAGAAAGCUCCAGACAAUUUUCCGGCCACCAAAUGUUGAUAAAGAGACUUACUACAAGAUGAGAGAUUUCUUCUAUAACUACCGACGUUGGUCAGGAUGUAGGAGAUCUAACAUCUUUGGCGAAUAUCUCCCCAUGGAGACUUAUCCCUAUCCUGAUGAUUAUGAAGAUGAAGUUAGAAAGCCGCAGACAGUGAUGCAAAGAUUUGGACCAACUGAGCAUAAUGCAAAGUCAACCCCAACAAAACCUCCCAAGGACAGUCCCAAAGAGUCCUUUAUAGAACAUGUGGAAUCAGAAGCAACUGAAGAUUCCCUGGAAAUUACCAUUGGUUAUGAAGAAACCUCAAACGACUACGUGGGAUCUGAAGGUGAGACCUCUGAAGACUACGUUUCGUAUCCGGAUGACCCAUACAAAGAUGGAACGGUGAUAGCAAGUGAUUAUAAUACCAGACCACAAGAACCAUUAGAAUACGAAGAUGAGAUCUUUAGAGACUACCAUUCCCACAAAGAAGAAGAGUUAGAGAAAGUUUUAAGAUUUAAUCCCGAAACUACAUUACGAGAAUCUUUACAAGAUAAGGAUUUAACGAAAAUAGAAUCUUCGGAAUCUGAAGAAGAAACUCCGGAUAAUGCCUACAAAAAUAAGGAUUCAACGAAAAUUAUAAUAGAUUAUGAAGAUACUUCUCAAGAACUUGCUGAAUCUGAAGAUAAGACCCCCGAAGACUUCGUAUCACUUCCAGAAAAAUCCUACAAGGACGAAAAUUUAAAGAAGAUGGCUAGAGCAAGGUCUCACGAAAUUUUAUUGCAAGAAUCUGAAGAUAGAACCCCUGAAGAUUUUGUCUCGUCUCCAGAUGAUUCCUAUGAAAAGGAAGAUACAAAGAAAAUUAUAAUCGAUCAAGAAACUACUUCACUUGAACCUUCCGAACCUGAAGAUAGCACUCCUGAAGAAAUUGUUUCAAUUCCGGAUCAGUUCUACAGGGAUGAGGAUUUAACGAAGAUAGCAAGGGGCGACCCAACAACAUCGCGAGAACCUUCAGGAUCUGAAGAUAGAGCCUCUGAAGAAAUCGCCUCUUAUCCAGAUCAUUCCCACAAAGAUGAAGAUUCAAAGAAGAUUGUAAUUGAUCAAGAAACUACUUCACAAGAACCUUCAGGACUUGAAGAUAGCACUCCUCAAGUACUUGUAUCAACUACGGACCACUCCUAUAAGGAUGAAGACUUAACGAAGAUAACUCGGGAAUAUCCAACUACAUCGCGAGAAUAUUCAGAAUCUGAAGAUAAAACCCCUGAUGAUAUUGCCUCAUAUUCAUAUAUUUCCUAUAAAGAUGAAGAUUCAAAGAAAAUUGUAACUGAUCCAGAAACUACUUCACGAGGACCUUCAGGACGUGAAGAUAGUACUCCUGAGGGUCUCUCAUCUUUGGAUCACUUCAACAAGGAUGAAGGCUUAACGAAGAUAGCAAGGGAUUACCCAACUACAUCGCAAAAACCUUCAGAGUCUGAAGAUAGAGUUCCUGAAGAUAUUGCCUCAUCUCCAGAUAUGUCCUAUAAAGAUGAGGAUUCAAAGAAAAUUGUAAUAGAUCAGGAUACUACUUCACAAGAACCUUCAGGACCUGAAGAUGACAUACCAGAAGACCCCAUAUUAAUUCCAAAUUACUCUUAUAAGGAUGAGGACUUAAUGAAGAUAGCAAGGGAUUACCCAACUACAUCACAAGGAUCUGCAGGAUCUGACGAUAGAGCCCAUGAAGAUGUCACUUCGUAUCCGGAUCAUUUCUACAAAGAUGAAGAUGCAAGGAAAAUUAUAAUUGAUCGGGAAACUACUUCACAAGAACCUUCGGGACCUAGAGAUAGCACUCCUGAAGACCUUUCAUUUACGUAUCACUCCUACAAGGAUGAAGACUUAAGGAAGAUAACAAGGGAUUACCCAACUACAUCGCGAGAAUCUUUAGGAUUUGAAGAUACAACCCUUGAAGAUGUUGCCUCGUAUCCAGAUCAUUCCUACAAAGAUGAAGAUUCCACAAAAAUUGUAAUUGAUCAGGCAACCACUUCAGAAGAACCUUCAGGAUCUGAAGAUAAAAUUCCUGAUGACCUUGCUUUACAUCCAGAUAACUCAUACAAAGAUGAGAAUUUAUCGACGAUAGCAGAAGAUCAAGAAACUUCUUCGAAAACACUUUCGGAAUCUUCUGAAGAUUUCGUCUCGUCUUCAUAUGAUUCUCAUGAUAUUGCUGGAUCAUCGGGCAUUGAACCAGAAGCAGGAGAUUUGGAGGUUAAAUUUUAUUCAGACAUUUUUGAUACAUCUUCAACAACAGCUUCCGUGAAACAUGAAGAUUUACAUUUGCAUCAGACUAACAAGGAUGUUCCUACUACAAAUUAUGGAAAAUUACCGAAAAAGACGGUCCUUGUUAGCUUGGACGGAAGAUUCGGGGGAAUACCGAGCUCUAGAGAUGAGAUAGUCGAAUCUACAACACUAGGAGAUGAUGAAAUAGAGGAAGAUGUAACUAAAACAUCAUCUACUGAUGAACAAACAGAAAAAUCUACUACAAAAUAUACUGAUGACGUUUCCAAAGAUUUUACAGAGGAUUAUAUAAAUGUUUAUGAAGAAACUUCAGCGGCAUCGUCUGAAGAACACACCGCAACAACAGAUCAUGAUACAAUACAAAGCUCUAUAACUGAACAUGAGGAAGAAAGUACGACAGAUCCUUGGGAAUAUUACGCAACAAGCGCUGAAACAUCAGAUGAAGUUGAAGCAGAAAAUACUGCAACAGAAACACCAGAUUACCGCAAUCCAUGGUAUUCUCUAACUGAGUCUCCGGAUACUGAAUCGUAUUCGAAGAUGACUGAUGAUUUUCAAAAUGCUGGAUCUUCUAUGACUCAAGGGUCCGAUGAAAAUCAUUCAGUGCCAAGUGGAAACCAUUCAGGGUCAAUUGAAGAAUACGACGAGGAUGAUCACGCAAUGCCAACAACAUUAGUUUACACUGACCCUACAUUGGAAUCGGGUCAUGAGGUAUCUUACAGAAUACACAAGGGUGAUGAAGACGAGAACAAAGAUGAAGAUGAUAUGACAGAAAAUGAAGAUGACCAGCAUGUGACAACAACAACCGAUCUCGAAGAUGUAGAUGAAUCUAUUGAAGUUAUUGACGACUUGGAUGAAAAAUUAGAUGACUGGCCAAAGUCUACCUCUGAUAAAGAUGAAUUGAACCAUAAACCAGAUUAUUCUCACUACGAUGAUAAACUAAUGGUUGAGACUACAAAAACACCUUAUGAAAAUGACUAUUCUGAAGAGUUUUAUGACGAUUCUACAGAAGUAUCAAGUCUUAUUUCAAAGUUUGAAGAUAAAUCAACAAAUAUUCCGAUAAUUUCAACAGAAAAUUAUAAUGAAGAACACACUAAUUUGGAACAUAGUACAACUGAAACUGCAGAAGAGCAAUCAGGAGAAAGAAUAUCAACUACUUCUGAUCAUAAGGAACGAUAUAGUGAAGAUUUUGAAGAGCAGCAUCAACGCACGACUACAGAAUCAUAUCAAGAACAUACUACAGUGAUUUAUGAUGAUGAAGAUGAUUACGUCGAUAUUACAAAAGGAGCAGAUCAUUACGAAACUACAACAAACGACGAAGAGCCAACAAUGAUAACAGAAAGUUUCGGAGUUAAUGAGUACUAUCCAAGAGAGCAAGAAGGAACUAAAGAGGAAGAACAUUCAUCUGCAUCUGACGACAGCAGAAAAUACGAAGAUAUUGAAGAAAGAAUUGGUAUGAUCCAUGAAGAAAAUAUGAAAUCAAAUGAAGAAAUUACAUAUGAACACAGCGAGUCAACAAUCACUACUGAAGAUUACUUCACUAAUGCAAGAGACGAAACUUAUCAGGAUAAAAGUACAACUACAGAAAAAUCAAAAGAAUACGAAAACUAUUCAAGAGAACAAGAAACAACUACAGAUGAAGAAGAUUCAUCUGUGACAUAUCGCAGCCAAGAAUACGGAGAUAUUGAAGAAAAGGUUCGUAUGAUCCAUGAAGAAAACCUGGAAUUCGGUGAAGAAACCGUGUUACCAAUAGCUACUGAAAGUUACCCAAAUGAACAGGAAGCAACGACGCAGCAAGGAAAAUUAUCUGUAACAGAUCGCAGAAAGGAAUAUGAAGAUAUUGAGCAAAGGGAUGAUAUAAGUCAUGAUGAAGAACUUAAAUCUGACGAAGAUGCAACAAAUGAAGAAAAUUACUCUCCAAAUGCUACUGAAGAUGAUUUCACUGUUACAACUGAUGAAGCGUAUCGCUCUGGAACUGCUUUAGAGGUUGAUGAUAUGCUAACAACAACAGAGGAAAGCAAAGGUUAUGAAAAUUAUCCAAGUGAACAAGAAACAAUUACAUAUGAAGGCAAUCCUACUGAAACAGAUCAUAGCAAAGAAUACGGGGAAAUUGAAGAAAGAGUUGGAAUAAAUCUUGAAGAAGAAUUGAAAUCCGAUGAAAAUGUAACUUAUCAAGAUAAUACUGGUACGACUGAAGAAGCAUAUAAGUAUGAAAGUACAAGAAGGGACGAAGAUACAACGACAACAAAUGAAGAUCCUACAACUAACGAACGUUAUCGAAGUAAACAAGAAACAACUACACAGGAAGACGAUUCAAUUGAAAUAUAUAAGAGUAAGGUAUACGGAGAUAGUGAAGAAAGUAGUAUGAUACAUGAAGAAAAACACGAGUCUGAUGAAGAAAGUAAGCAUGAAGAAAGCAAGCUACAAAGCUCUGUUGCAGGUGAUUACACUAUUACAACAGACGAACCAUAUCGGUAUGAAAGUAACACAGAAGACGACGAAGGACCAACAACAAAAGAAGAUUCCAACGAUUACGAAAGCCAAUCAAAUUAUCAAGAAACAACUGUACAUCAAGACGAUUCAACUGUAACAUACCAGAGCAGGGAAUAUGAAAACAUUGAAGAUAGAGUUGGUAUGAUCCAUGAAGACGAAUUGAAAUACAAUGAAGAUGCAGCAAAUGAAGACAAUGAGUAUCCAAAUGCUAGUGAAGAUGAUAAUACUAGUACAACUGAAGAAACACAUUGGUAUGAUUCUAUAACAAGGGAUAGAGAUACAACUACAACAAAUAAUCAAUCAACAGCUUUCGAAAAAUAUCCAAGUAAAGAAGAAGUAACUACACAGGAAGACGAUUCAGCUAUAACAGACCGGAGCAGGGAAUAUGAAGACAUUGAAGAAAGAGUUGGCAUGAUUCAUAAAGAAGAAGGUGCAAAAAAUAGAGACAAUGAGUAUCCAAAUGCUAGUGAAGAUGAUAAUACUAGUGCAAAUGAAGAAACACAUUGGUAUGAUACUACAAUAAGUGAUAGAUACACAGCUACAACAAAUGAACAAUCAACAACGUACGACAACUAUCCAAGCGAACCAGAAGCAACUACAAAGAAAGACGAUUCAUUUAUAACUGACCGCAGCAAGGAAUACGAAGAUAAUGAAAAUAGGGUUGGUAUGAUCCGUGAAGAAGAAUUGAAACCCAAUGAAGGUGCAACAAACGAAGACAAUGAGUAUCCUAGUGCUAGUGAAGAUGAUAAUACCAGUACAACGGAGGAAGCUUAUUGGUAUGAUACAACUAUACCAAAUGAGCAUUCCGCAAUUUAUGAAAACUAUCCAAGAGAACAAGAAACAACUACACAGGAAGAUUAUUCAACCAUAACAUACCGCAGCAAAGAAUACGAAGAUAUUGAAGAAAGAGGAAGUAUGAUCCAUGAAGAAGAAUUUGAAACCGAUACAGAUAAAACAGCUGGAGAACAUGAGUCUCCUGGAGAUGAUGAUCACACUAGUCCAACAGAAGAAACAUAUCGUUAUGAAACUACAACAGAUGACGGGGAUAUAUCAACAGUUAAGAAAGAAACUACAAUUGAAGAAGAUUCAGUUGGAACUGAAUCUGAUGAAUACUUUAACGAUAGGAUUAGAAUAGCGCCAGAAGACUAUUACUAUUCUACAAAAGUAAGCAUGAACGAAGAAAGUACGUCAACAAUUCCUAAUGAAGUUGUGAGUACUGCUACAACAUUGGGAGAUAAUCAUUACGAAACAACGGAAGGAAGAAAAAAUUCAUCAUCAGCAACUGAGAAAUCAGAAGUUUACGAAAACUCUUCAGAAGAAAAAGAAACAUCUACGGAGGAAGACAUUGAUGAUAGGGUUGGUAUGAUGCAAGAUAAAGAAUACGGAUUGGAAGAAGAAACCACAAAUUAUGAGAAUGAAUCCACAACAACUGUUGUUGAAGAUUAUUAUACAAGCACCUCAGUUUCACCAAGAGCAACAUAUGAAGAAGGUUCGUCAGUUACUGAAUAUAACCGUGAAAAUGAAGACAUUGAAGAAAGACAGGAUAUGAUUGGAGAAGAAAAUCACGACUCCGAUGAAGAAACCAGAGAAAAUGAAGAUGAAGAAAUAACAAGUGGAUACGAUGUUGACGAAGAUCAUCGAAGUGUUUUAGAAAAAUCUCAACAGAAAGAAAGUACAUUUGUAACAGAUAGUAGCACAAAAUAUGAAGUUAUUGAAGACCGAAUCGGAGAGACUCCUGAAGAUAAAUAUGAAUCAGAAGAAGUAGCAAAUAAUGAUGGAAAUGAGUAUUUGGAAAGAGAAUUAACGACCGAUGAAUACACGGAGAAGUCGACGAAAUCUGACGAUGUUUACAAAUCUUCAACAGAAGAUCAAGAAGAUAGUACUUCAACUGCGCAAGAGGAAGAUAGCAGUCAAGCUAAAAUGGAUACAGACUUAAAAUAUGAAGAUUAUAAAGGAGGAAUUUAUAGUACUGUGAACACUGAACCUGCAAAUGAAAAUGAAGAUAGUAAUGGAACCACGACAGAAGAGAUGAUUAGAACUACAGAAAAAGAAGAUACUUCUUCCGAGAAGGAACAUAUGGUAGAAGAAAUAGAAGGCAGAGUUCAGAAUUCAGACGAACACGACAAAUCUUUUUUGGAAGUAGUGGCUAGUCCUGAAGUAGAUGAGCAUGAAAUUUCUACAACUGAGGAAGAAGAUCAAGUAACUACUACAGAAGAGGGUUCGGUUACAGAUCACAAAGAAGAAUAUGAAGAUUUUGUAGCUGACAAAGAAACAUAUCGGGAUGUAGAGUCUACUACACAAAUUGAAGAAAAGCCACAUGUAAUGAGAAUUCCCCCAAGAGAAUCACAUGAUCUUCCUCUGGUUGGAGAAUCAUAUGAAGACGCAAAUACCGAUAAUCAAGGAAUGACUGAAAGUGAGCAGGUUUCUGAAGAGAUAUCCAAUCAAGAUCCUACAGGCGGCUAUGAUGAUGACGAGAAGAAAGAUCCAGGAUCUGUUAGUGUUGAAGGAUCUACAACAACGGAAUCUGGUUCUAAUACUCAAGAUCCUAAUAAUACACCAGAAGAAAAUCUUGAUGUUUCUGGACAAACAACAACAAAACGGAAUAAAUUAAGUUCUCAACCAACAAAACCUCGAAAGUCCCUAGUAAAGAAGAUCAAAGAAGAGAUAAACAGUAGACUUGGUAUUUAAAAUGUUCACAAAAGUCCACCAUAGAUACAACGUAUUUAUCAUUAAUUAAUGCACGUGUUAAGAAAAACCAUAAAAUAUUUAUCAAUUGUCACGAAGUUCACUGCCAUGCUCAUCAGCUGGAAAAUUUCCAGUCAGUCUCUUGAAAAAUUCUGUAGAUAUGAGAUCGACCUACUUUUUGUGCCUUGCUGUCAUCUUCCUCUUCGUGGGCGGAGUUCCUGCUCGUCCGAAUCAGCAAUACUACGGUGUUGACUACGAAGAGCCCUUGCAUCAGUAUGAGGAUCCCUACAAAGUUACCAGUAAGCAUGACUACUACCUGUAUAAUUCUGAUGUACCCGAUCCAGUAAAACCAGCUCAAAGGGAAAAGCUGGAUUACAAUUCUCUCACUGGAACAGGGUACAGCGUUGUAUUUUCUCAUGGAGUUGAAGAUCAGACGGAAGUCAAAAGUCCCGAUCAAGAGUUAAGCAAAGACGAUUUCGUUAAGAAAAUGGAGCAAUAUUACCCAUCCAAUCCUAAGGAAUAUCAUCACUAUAAGGACUAUAAAAAAUGAUUUGUAAUAAGGUGUUGGUGUUGGUGUUAAUAUAAAUUUUAGGGAUUCAGCAAAUUAA